AUGGCUGCCAAUUUCCAACUCCCAUCAGCUCUUCCAUCAAACCAAACUCCAAAGGAUCAAGUUACUCGUCGCUCUGCAAAUUUUCAUCCAAGCAUUUGGGGAGAUUACUUCCUAACUUAUUCUUCUCAACCCAUGGAAGUGGAUACAGAAGAUUGGCUAGAGCAUCAAAAAUUGAAAGAAGAAAUAAAGAACAUUCUUGUGGAAGCCCCAAACAUUUCUUCCCAAAAAUUGGACUUGAUUAACAAGAUCCAACGUUUAGGAGUGUGUUAUCAAUUUGAAAAUGAGAUUGACGCUUCAUUGGAAUACAUAUUCAAGGCAUAUGAUGAUUUCAAUGAUGGGGAAGAUGAGAAUGGUCUUUAUGUUGUCUCUUUGCGCUUUCGACUCCUUCGACAAGAUGGCUAUCAUGUAUCAGCUAAUGUGUUUGAAAAGUUCAAGGACUGUAAUGAAAAGUUCAAGGAAUCGUUAAUCAACAAUGUAGCAGCAAUGUUGAGCUUGUACGAAGCAUCACAUCUUAGAGUGCAUGGGGAACAGAUUUUAGAAGAAGCGCUAAUAUUUACCACUUCUCACCUAGAAUCCAUUCUACCACACUUGAGCAAUCCUCUUAGAUCACAAGUGAGUGAAGCACUAAAGCAACCAAUUCGCAGGAGAUUAACGAGGCUAGACGCACAAAAAUUCAUAUCAUCUUAUGAACCUGAUGGAACACAAGAUGCUUUAUUGCUGAAAUUCGCAAAAUUGGACUUUAACUUGCUGCAGAAGCAACAUCAAAGAGAGCUAGGCAGUCUUACAAGGUGGUGGAAAGGAUUAGAUGUCCCAAAUAAACUGCCUUUUGCAAGAGAUAGGUUGGUGGAAUGCUACUUUUGGACAUUGGGAACAUAUUUUGAACCAAAAUAUGAGCUCGCAAGGAAAUUUAUUCUUAAAAUUAUUUCUCUAACUUCGAUUGUUGAUGAUAUUUACGAUGUUUAUGGAACCCCUGAUGAGCUCAAACUUUUCACCGACGCAGUCCAAAGAUGGGAUGUUAGUGCUACAAAUCAAUUACCAGAAUAUAUGAAGUCUACUUACAUGUACCUUCUUGAUACUUAUGCUGAAAUGGAGAAAGAGUUAGCCAAUGAAAGUGAAUCGUAUCGCGUCAACUAUGCAAAAAUUGAGAUGACAAAAUUAGUGGGAGCAUAUUAUGAUGAAGCCAAGUGGUAUAAUGACGGUUGCUCUCCUACAUUUGAAGAGUACAUGAAGGUUGCAUUGGUAACUUCGGGUUACACGAUGCUAGCAACAACUUCUUUAGUAGGCAUGCACGAAGACUUUAUAACUAAACAAGUCUUUGAUUGGAUGAUUAGUGGACCGUUAAUUGUUAGAGCUUCAGAGAUCGUUGGCAGAUUAAUGGAUGACAUAACUGGAUAUGAGUUUGAACAACAAAGAGGACACUUUGAAUCAUCUGUGCAAAUCUUUAUGAAAGAAUAUGAGAAAUCAAAAGAAGAGGCCACGACAGAGUUGCAAGGACAAGUCAUCAAUGCUUGGAAAGACAUUAAUCGAGAAUGUCUUAAGCCUACAGUUGUCCCUAUGCCUAUACUCACCCGAAUUCUCAACCUUACAAGAGUUAUAGAUUUGCUAUACCAUGAUGGAGAUUUGUAUACACAUUCCAAAACCAAGUUGAAGCAGAUCAUUACCUCUACGUUGGUUAAUCCGAUCCCAUGAAUAUGAAAAAUGAAAAAAAAAAAUACUAAAUUUACUAUUUUGAGUAUGAUGGUUUUGCUUUAAUGUUUUUAGUUUUAUGUUCUAGUUCGAAUAAAGAGUGACGAGCAGUGUUUUUUUUUUUGUUUUUUUUUUUUAAAAAAAAAAACUUUCCAUGUUGUUUUCUUUAUGUUGUGGUUCAAAAUAAAGAGUGACAUGUAAUCCUUUCUUAGUUGCAUUGCUUUUGUUUUCAAUUUUAUGUUUGGGUUUAGAAUAAAAAGUGGCAUGUAACUGUGU